AUGCCAAUGCUUUAUAAACAGACAGCCCUGGAGCUGCAGCCUGCAGGUGGCGUUGUGCAUGAAGAAGCCAUGAUUGAACGCUUCACCUACUCCAAGGACCGAUCGACGAUGAGCAGGAGCGGCAUUGCCUCCUUGUCCUUGUUGGCGGCCGUGCUGGUGGCCGUGGGCAUGCUGGCGAGGCCGUCGGAGUGCGCGCGCGCCUUCUUCGUCUUCGGCGACUCGCUGGUGGACAACGGCAACAACAACUACCUGAUGACCACGGCGCGCGCCGACUCGCCGCCGUACGGGAUCGACUACCCGACGCACCGCCCCACGGGGCGCUUCUCCAACGGCAAAAACAUCCCCGACAUCAUCAGCGAGCACCUCGGCGCCGAGCCCACGCUGCCGUACCUGAGCCCCGAGCUCCGCGACCAGAAGCUGCUCGUCGGCGCCAACUUCGCGUCAGCCGGCGUCGGGAUUCUCAACGACACCGGCUUCCAGUUCGUGAACAUCAUCAGGAUGAGCCGGCAGCUGCAGUACUUCGGCGAGUACCAGGGCAAGCUGCGCGCGCUGGUGGGCGCGGCCCGGGCACGGCAGAUGGUGCGCCGCUCGCUGGUGCUCAUCACGCUCGGCGGCAACGACUUCGUCAACAACUACUACCUCGUCCCCUUCUCCCUGCGCUCCCGCCAGUUCUCGCUGCCGGACUACGUCCGCUACAUCGUCUCCGAGUACAAGAAGAUCCUCAUCAGGCUGUACGCGAUGGGUUGCCGCCGCGUGCUGGUGACGGGCACGGGUCCCCUCGGGUGCGCGCCGGCGAUCCUGGCGCAGCGCAGCCGCAACGGCGAGUGCGCGGCGGAGCUGAUGCGCGCGGCGUCGCUCUUCAACCCGCAGCUGGCGCGCGUCCUGGACCAGCUCAACGCGCGGUUCGGCGCGGGCACCUUCAUCGCGGCCAACGCGUUCCGCGUCCACUUCGACUUCGUCAGCGACCCGGCCGCGUUCGGCUUCGCCACGGCCAAGGAGGCGUGCUGCGGCCAGGGCCCCCACAACGGGCUGGGGCUCUGCACGCCGGCGUCCAACCUGUGCGCCGACCGGAGCAAGUACGUGUUCUGGGACCCGUACCACCCCACGGAACGCGCCAACCGGUUCAUCGUCAGCCAGUUCAUGUCCGGCUCGCUCGACUACGUCAGCCCCAUGAACCUCAGCACCGUCCUCCAGAUGGACGCCGCACUGGACUAG